AUGAAAAGUGUUAUAGCAUUAGUAAAAAUUUCUAUAAUUAUUUGUAGCUUAACAAAUGUAAUUAUCCAAAAAGAUAAAUCCAUCAUUUAAGGGAUAUCUAAGAUGGAAUUCUAUUUGCUUAAUUGGAAGAUUAUUUGUAAUAUAUAUCCUCAUUAUAGCUUUCAAACUGAUUUGAAAAAAAACUUAUGGAAUUAAAUAAUUAAUCGUUUGCAAAAUAUUAGAAAAAAUAAUAACCUAUAAAUUCAAGAUUUUAGUGAUGAUAUUGCAUUUUCUGAUUGUAAUGAAGAAUUAACUAAAUUCAUUAAAUAUUUUCUUGAAACACUUUUACAAGUAAAAAAAGAAGAAGCUAUUUCAUAUAUGGUAUCAUGUCCAGAGUAUCAACAAUUAGAGAUAGCAAAUUUCAUCUUAAAUGAUAUAUAAGAAACAAAUGGUUUAUAAGAUUAUAGUCAAUAAGAUGUUUAAACUACAAGUAUGAUUAUAUCUCUUGAGGAAAAUUUGUAUAGUAAAGAUAAUAUAAUAACUUAAUAAAAUAAAUAGAUUGAAUAAAUGAAAUUAGAUUAUUAAAAUAUAUUAUAUGAAAUGCAAAAUAAACUAAUUGAAUAUACAGAUAUAAUUGAUAAAUUGAACUGUUAGAUUAACUUUUUUUUAGAUAAAGUAAUUUGCAAUGAUUUUGAAGAAGCUUGGCUUAAAUUUGAGGAAUUCAUCAAAGAUUAAGAAAAAAAUAAAUAAUAAAUUGAAGAACUUAAUAAUUUAGUGGAAAUUUAAUAAAAAGAAGUAUUUAAAAAAAAGAGAAAAAAUUAAAAAUUAAAAUCUUAAUUAUCAUCCAAUCAACCUACUGAAAGAGCACUAGAUUAUGAAACAGCAGAUUCAAAAGAUACUUCUGAAAUAAGAACAAUUGAAUUUCUUAAAAAAGAAAUCUAAAUUUUAAAGGAAGAAAAUCUAAAACUUAUGAGUAAACAAUCAUAAUAUGAAUAAGAUAUAUGUAAGUUUAAAAAAAAACUUUAUGAAUAUGAAUAAGAAACAACUUAAUCUAAAAAGAAAAUGGAAAAAUAUAAGUAUGAAUUAGAGGAAUAUUUAAAUUCUAAUUAAUAGGACAAAAAAAGUUACUUAGAAAAUUUAAGAACAUAAGGAUUAUUAUCUUCUAAUAACAGUUAGAUUAUAGAAUUAGAAUAAAAAUUUUGGGUGUCACCAAAGUCAAAUUGUUUUGAUUUUAAUUAAUCAUUAUGUAAAUUCGAUCAUCCAGCCAGCAUUAUUAAUUAAUCUUUUAAAAAUCCCGAUGAAAACAAUGUAUAUAAAUUGUAAUAGUUAAUAACAGAGAAGAAUAAUAAAAUUGCCAAUUUGGAAAGAUAAAUUCACCUUAUUUAGCAUGGUUCUCAUUCUAGAGGGAGUUCUUUCACAAAGUUUAAUCAAUUUCAAUAGGAAAGGCAUAUUGAAUAAUCUAAUUUAUUCGAAGUAAAUAGUUUGAUUAUAAUUCUAGAGUUUAAGAUAUUAUAUAUAAUAUUCUUAAUAAAAAGAUAAAGAAAUAAAAGAAAUAAAGGAACAACAAAACGAGAAUUUCUUAAUAAUAUGCAAAUAAUUAAUAAAAUAAAAUGAAUAAAUUGAGAAAUUAAAUUCACUUAUUUUUUAAUUAUAAAAUGAUGAUUAGAUGAAAGAAAAUAAUCAAAGCUAAAGUUAAGAUUCACAAGAAGAGGAAUAAUAUUAUAUUUAAGCUUUAAAUGAUAAAGAUGAAUUAUUACAAUUAAUCACUACAUUAUUCUACGAAAAUGUUAAAAUUUGAUCAUAAAUUUUGUUGUACUUUUAGAAAAUCAUUUGAAUAAUUGUUAAUUUUAUUUAAUAAAUUAGAUAGCAUAUUANGUAAUUUGCAAUGAUUUUGAAGAAGCUUGGCUUAAAUUUGAGGAAUUCAUCAAAGAUUAAGAAAAAAAUAAAUAAUAAAUUGAAGAACUUAAUAAUUUAGUGGAAAUUUAAUAAAAAGAAGUAUUUAAAAAAAAGAGAAAAAAUUAAAAAUUAAAAUCUUAAUUAUCAUCCAAUCAACCUACUGAAAGAGCACUAGAUUAUGAAACAGCAGAUUCAAAAGAUACUUCUGAAAUAAGAACAAUUGAAUUUCUUAAAAAAGAAAUCUAAAUUUUAAAGGAAGAAAAUCUAAAACUUAUGAGUAAACAAUCAUAAUAUGAAUAAGAUAUAUGUAAGUUUAAAAAAAAACUUUAUGAAUAUGAAUAAGAAACAACUUAAUCUAAAAAGAAAAUGGAAAAAUAUAAGUAUGAAUUAGAGGAAUAUUUAAAUUCUAAUUAAUAGGACAAAAAAAGUUACUUAGAAAAUUUAAGAACAUAAGGAUUAUUAUCUUCUAAUAACAGUUAGAUUAUAGAAUUAGAAUAAAAAUUUUGGGUGUCACCAAAGUCAAAUUGUUUUGAUUUUAAUUAAUCAUUAUGUAAAUUCGAUCAUCCAGCCAGCAUUAUUAAUUAAUCUUUUAAAAAUCCCGAUGAAAACAAUGUAUAUAAAUUGUAAUAGUUAAUAACAGAGAAGAAUAAUAAAAUUGCCAAUUUGGAAAGAUAAAUUCACCUUAUUUAGCAUGGUUCUCAUUCUAGAGGGAGUUCUUUCACAAAGUUUAAUCAAUUUCAAUAGGAAAGGCAUAUUGAAUAAUCUAAUUUAUUCGAAGUAAAUAGUUUGAUUAUAAUUCUAGAGUUUAAGAUAUUAUAUAUAAUAUUCUUAAUAAAAAGAUAAAGAAAUAAAAGAAAUAAAGGAACAACAAAACGAGAAUUUCUUAAUAAUAUGCAAAUAAUUAAUAAAAUAAAAUGAAUAAAUUGAGAAAUUAAAUUCACUUAUUUUUUAAUUAUAAAAUGAUGAUUAGAUGAAAGAAAAUAAUCAAAGCUAAAGUUAAGAUUCACAAGAAGAGGAAUAAUAUUAUAUUUAAGCUUUAAAUGAUAAAGAUGAAUUAUUACAAUUAAUCACUACAUUAUUCUACGAAAAUGUUAAAAUUUGA